CAAGAAAAUGCCUUCUUAUGAAUGAAUGAAUGGAUCAAAAUGGGACGACAAUUAGUAUUGGGAUGGAUCAAUGUGCAAUUGAGUUAGUCCUUACUCCAGCAUUGAUCAAGAGCAAAGAAAAACUCAAGGUGAGAUGAUGCAUACAUGCUCAUGUGUUGUUUGAUGAUGAGAAAAAUCACACUAUAAGAAGGUCUAUAUUUGGUUUUCUUUUCCAUAUUUGUGCACAUCAAGAUCAUCAGUAUUUUAGCGAAUUCGAAAAAAAUGCCAAGUAUGAAUCUUGAUCUUCAUCUUUUGUUCCUGGGGAUUACUUAUAGUUUGAUUAUGAAUAAGGUGCAUUCUGCUAGUGUUUACAGUAAUGCAUCCAUACUUCCUUAUUCCUUUGUGUUGUCCUGUGGAGCUUCAAGUAAUGACACAGAUGCAAAUGGUAGAAACUGGAUGCCUGAUACCAUGUUCUUAACAUCUUCAGACAAUUCCAUUGUUUCCACUGCUCAAAUCCAGGAUCCCUCUUUGCCUUCCCAAGUUCCAUAUAUGACAGCCAGGAUUUUCACCUCAGAAUCCACCUACAUUUUCCCCGUUUCGCCAAAAAAUCGCCACUUCGUUCGCCUUCAUUUCUACCCGGUUGAUUACAACAGUUUCAUCUCUUCAAAUGGAUAUUUCUCAGUCAUUGCAGGAGGGUCAUUCACACUCCUCAGCAACUUUAGUGCUUCCAUCACGGCUAAAGCGCUGACGCAGGCCUAUAUUGUUAGAGAAUUCAGUGUCCUGCCAAUUCAGUCUGGCGUCCUGAAUCUUACAUUUACUCCUUCAGUAGCAUAUAAGGGAUCUUUUGCUUUUGUCAAUGGGAUUGAGAUUGUUUCGUCUCCAGAACUCUUUAAUUCUGCACCUUUAGUGGGGUUUUCGGAUCAGGAUAUAGAUCUAGAAUACACUACCAUGCAGACUAUGGUUAGUCUAAAUGUUGGUGGACAAUAUAUUCCAGCAAGUAAUGACUCUGGAGAACUUGCCAGGACAUGGUAUGAUGAUUCGCCUUACUUGUUUGGCGCGGCUUUUGGCGUUACUUCUCAGGCUUCAGAUAACAAGGUGAAAAUCAAAUAUCCCAACGAUAAUUUACCUGAGUACAUUGCUCCUCUCAGUGUUUAUGAUACAGCUAGGUCAAUGGGGCCUAAUGCGAGCGUGAACCAGAAUUUUAACCUCACCUGGGUGUUUCGAGUUGAUCUAAACUUCAGUUACCUGGUGAGGUUUCAUUUCUGUGAUUAUCAAAUGUCAAAAGUUAAUCAGAGGGUGUUUGGUAUCUUCAUUAACAACCAAACCGCGUUCCCGGAUGCAGAUGUGUUUGGAUGGACUAAUGCCAAAGGAGUUCCAAUUUACAAGGAUUUCAUAAUUCAUGAAAAUGAUCAAACUACUGGUGAUGGUGAUCAUGAUCAUUUGUUAUGGGUGGCAUUGCAGCCUAACCAAACAUCUAGACCCGAGUUUUAUGAUGCUAUUCUCAAUGGGUUGGAAGUGUUUAAGAUUAACGACACGAAUGGAAAUUUAGCAGGUCCAAAUCCCGUGCCAUCUCCACUUGCACCUUCAGCUGAUUCUGAGCCGAAUAGGUCAUUUGCACCAUCAAGACAUAGCAAAACUGGCAUUAUUCUAGCCGCGGUUUUUGGAGCAUUAUUUGGUAUUGUUAUAAUGGUUGGUUUGGUGGUGUUUCUUUGGCAUCGCAGGAAGGUUUCCAGGGGUGGAAGAAGCGGCUCAAUGGUUAAAAGUUGGCUACCAAUUUACGCCAGCUCUAGAUCUACAGUAACUGGGACAACAACAUCAGGCAAGAGUACAAAUGGCACUGCAAGUAGUACACAAGGCCUCUGCAGACACUUCACAUUGGCUGAGAUAAGCCAAGGUACAAACAAUUUCGAUGAAUCUCAUGUUAUUGGAGUUGGAGGAUUUGGAAAAGUCUAUAAAGGGUUCAUUGAUGGUGGCAUUCAAGUUGCCAUCAAAAGGGCUAAUCCGUCUUCAGAACAAGGCAUUCAUGAGUUCCAGACUGAGAUUCAUCUCCUCUCUAAGCUAAGACAUAACCAUUUAGUCUCCCUGAUUGUGUUGUGUGGAAGGCCAGCUCUUGAUGUUAAUCAGCCAAAAGAGCAAGUCAGUUUAGCAGAUUGGGCUCUACUAUGUCAUUCAAAUGGCAAUUUUGAUGACAUUAUUGAUCCAUAUAUCAAAGAAGAAGUUACCCUUGAAUGCUUGAAACACUAUGAAGAAACUGCUGUUAAAUGCUUGUCUGAUCAAGGGAUUGAUCGCCCUUCCAUGGGGGCCGUGUUGUGGAAUCUUGAGUACGCAAAGCAACUCCAAAACAACCCUGAUGAACCAGCACUUGUCGCGGAAAAGGCAGCCAACGAUGCUUAUGCAAUGCAUGAAACAUUGCUGAACAUUGAGGAGGAGGUGGAUGAAAUGAAUCAUAGUAAUACUAGAGGAGAAGGAGAUGGUCAUAGCUCAACCGCGGUCUUCUCGCAGAUAGUAAAUCCACAAGGGAGAUAG